AUGGAUGUGGACCAAUGUGUCAGGGCAGCAGGCUUCAGGUGGCCCCGCCCUGAUCAGGCCAGUAGGUCCUCCUUUAAUUGUUGUGGUCCUGACCACAUCAUUUUACCUCCUGUUUCCUGCAGCCCCUUGGGACGGAAUCAUGAUUCCACUCACUUUCGCCAACUUUUAUGUCCAGACCCUUCCUGUGACAUAUGUAAUAAUGCAACUACUGAAAUCAAUCGGCUUUUCUCAAAGGCUCUGGAAGGUUCUACUCCAUCUGUGUCCCCUGUGGUUUCCACAGCUCCUGUGACAGCACUUGUGACAGAGCCUUCAUUCAGUCAGUCAUCUGCUUUCCCAGGAGUCCCUCCAGGAGAACUCGUACCAUCUCUGACUGAGCCUUCCCCAUCACCAUCCUCUGUUCUCCCCUCUAACUCAAUGACCACCUUGAGUAAUUUUCUGUCACACUCACCAUCGUGUCAAACUCUGCCUACAGAGCCUUCCUCUCACUCAGAAUCCGAAUUUUCAGGACACCAUCCCCCACCCCAAACCAAACACUUGUUGUCUUCAACCUUGACACAAUAUGAUUUCCAUCAAAAGUUUCCUGACAUCCAUUCUACAAAGAUCUCUUCUGUGGGAGACUCUGCAGCCAAACUUAUAGAUCCUAGACAACUCUUCUUUCUCAGCCCUGAUGAGCAUGACUCAGUAGAGCAGUACUCAUAUCCUAAGACCUGGGAGGACAAUUUAAAGCAAGAAGUUAUCCAGUUUUUCUGGGGUCUUCCAUCUCUACACAGCGAGUCCUUGCUCUCUGCUGUUCAUGUCCCGGGUGACUAUACAAUCUUCAAUAGCAUCUCAAAUGCCUUUACAGGCCAAGAAUCCCCAAGACUUCCUUAUAUCCUACCUCCAUCCUUGCCUAAGGUCCAACCUCAACUCCUGCCUCAAACUAUGCCCCUAUGCCAUUACUUACCUCUCACUCAGCUCCAACCCCCUGUCCACCGUCAAUCCCCACUCCCAGUCCUACCAUCUGGUCUCAUACACCAGACUAAGGUCUGUGGAGUGUAUUGCCUUACACCCCAGAAUGAAUCAGAAUGUCUCACCUCAUCUGAUAUUGAACAACUGGAAUGGAAUGUGUUAAAGAAGAAACAGGAAGGCUUGUGGGGUUUACCCUCUCUGGUUCAAAGUUCUUGGGAAGCCUGCUGUCCUUCAGCUCCCACCUCUCCUUACUGCGGGCCCUCUAAGGCCAAUAUUUCCAUCUCCAUCGAUCAUUUCGAGUUUCCUCUCAGCGUUGAGUUUAGAGAGAAAUUUGAGCAUCAUCUUAGAAAGAGGCUCAUCCAACAUCGGUGGGGCCUUCCCCGCAGGAUCCAUGACUCUCUGUCACUCAUGAAGCCUAGGUGUGAUUGCUCAGGUUUACCUCAGCCAAAGUGCUGCUAUGGUCUCUCAUGGAUCUCUAUGUAUAAGGCCCAGGAUAGUGAAAUUCUCAAUAGAGUGACCCCGUCAGCAAGCUUCUAUAAGAAGGGCUCAGAAGUGUUUCAGCUGUCUGAGGAUGAGAAAGACAGCUUAGAUAGCUUUCCAAAAGGCUCGGUGAGUGACUCUGACAGUGCUUCAGAUAAGGAUGUGGGGCAUGACUUUGAUAUGAAGAGAGUGAUAAGGCAGAAUGUAACUCAGAAACAACUGGCUAAUUUCCUGACAGUACACCUGAGCAAAAAAAUUGGGGAAAUCAGUGAGGGUCACCUCCCUGGGACUGUGCAGAAUUCACAGCACUCUAUGCAGCAGACAUUUCCUAUAGAAUCCAACAGGGAAAUUAAACAGAGAAGUCUGUCACCAUCAGUGGGUGGGGACUACUGCCCGAACACAUCCCAGGAGCCUGCCUUCCUUCAGGCGGGUGCACGGGAGAUGCUGGAAGACCACGAUACCAACUUGCCUAUGAAGGCAUUGGGAGGCCUAUCUGCCAAAGUCCUUGAAUCCACAGAGGACUUCAAAUCGAAAGGUCCUAUCUCCCAUGGCUUGAUUAAUCCUCACUCUUCCUCCUCAACCAAAGUGAUUUCUGAGGUGAGCACCAAAUCUGGGGCCUUCACGCCUCUGGGAAAAAGUUCUGAAUCACUUCACAGUGACCAAGUGGGAACAGAAAAUUCAGCCCCUGGCCUGAAUCUUUCCCGCCCUGCCACCUCACCUGUGGGCAAGGAGGGACGGGGGAUUCAAUGGGGACAUUCAGAGGAAAUUCAGACGAUUUUGGAAGCCAAACCACCUCCUCUGCCUGUCACCAACACCAUCCGCGGCAAAACAAGUCAGAGAUGUUCUCUCACAGGCAACAUUCAACCUUCAAAGCUGCCUGCAAGGCAAACAAAUAGAGAACCUGUAGCAAAGACUAAGAGUGUGAAUUCUAAUCAUGGAACUGAAAUGCAACAGGCCACAAAUAGGGAUGAAGCAAAACCUGCUUCCAUGCCCACCGUGCCCGGGGAGAUAGUCAGGGCUGAGGAGCUUGAUGCUUGUCAGUCUGUAACAACAAGCAAGCCAGGAAUCUCCCAACAGAUAAAGAGAGACACCACUGUGACCACUGAAAAUCCACCAUCUAAAAUAUCAGAUCCAGCUCCUAACUUAUCAGAACUUAGAAAGCAACUAAUUGCUGAGAUGAACUUGAAGUUGGAGAGCAGGAAGCAUAGCCAGGCCCAAGGCCAACCCCUGGACAUGUCCAGUGACUCGGACAGCUUGACUAACAAAGCCCCCCUGACUCCUGCUAAGUGUGUGUCCAGUGUGGACACGGAGGUUCACCAGGUGCUGCAUGUCCAUUCGGAGGACAGCGGAGUCAGUAUGGAGAAGCAGCAGAAACCUUGGCUUCCAAGGCAGGCAUUAAGGUCCUGCCAGGAUCAGAAUUCCCCACCAGCUGUAAAGAAAGAUAUCCUGUGCCCUCCCCCAGAGCCUACAGGCCCCAAAUAUGAGGAGUUUGGUGCAGGAGAUGCACGAAUGAGAAUUUCCCAACCUGGAGGGAAGAGAUUUCCUUCUCAGGACACCGCCUUAGAGGACGUGCUUGGGAGCAAGUCUUUCCACAGCCUAACACAGACGGCUCCUCCUGAUAGCCUUUUGCUAAAUAAAAUGAAGAGCCUUUUUCAAAGGCUUCGUCCUUCAAUCAAAUGUAAAAUGCAAGAAACCACCCAGGAAAUGGGAAGGCACAUGUCAUCUGCACAGAGUAGAGGCCCACUUAAAAGCAGAGCUGUCUUUUCUGGAGCCGCGCAAGUCCACAGAGUCAUGUCAGACAUGGGGAAGGUCCCAGAAGAGAAAGGAGGGCGCCGGCCUGCAGUAGUUACCACCUGCCCCCAAGAGCCCCUUCCCUCCGCAGUGCAGUCGGGGAAGCCUGUGCAGAAGGGAGCAGUGCAGGCCCAGGCAGAGCCAGUGCAGAGGCGUCCUUUCCACCACAGGGCUCCCCCCUGUGAUGUGACAAAUAAGAAGUCUGACUUCCAAGCAGCUAUCUCUGAUCACCAGAGAUCUACAAGUAUUAGACAUACUGGGAACAAGGACAGAUCCCCCUCAAAAGAUAUGGCAAUAAAGGGCCAUCGAGUAUGUCAGAAGCACCCCCAAUCUGUAUCCCUCAGGGGGACUGUGCCCCAUCCAAGCCCCACCUCCAAGCCUCAAGCUGCCAAGGGGCCUCCUGCUGUUCUCACCACUGCUGGAGGCACUGCGUUCAGAGAGCAGCCUCCAAGAUUCAGACAUACAAUGCUUCUCUAUAAUUUCCAGGGGGAAACAUUUCCCACCCCAAAAUAA